CUGACGGGGGACUUAUCUAAGAACUUAACAUGGCUAAACCAGGGUUACCAAGUCUACUGCUGUACAAGAGGGACGCCAGCCCUCCCUCGUGCGCGGUCAUGAUGCUCGGUGACAUGCUUGGUCUCAACUUCGAAUAUAAAGAACCUGACCUCCUUAAUCGAGGACACAAGAGCGAAGAGUUCAAAAAAAUUAAUCCAAUGGGGACCAUCCCGGUACUGCAAGAUGGCGAUUUCAUUGUUUCCGAAAGUAACGCGAUAAUGAAGUACCUCCUCAACCAGUACGGCGGCAGUGCUCGCGAGCGCCUGUACCCCAGCGAGCCGCGCCAGCAGGCCGCCGUCGACCAGUGCCUGUUCUUUAACGCGGGGGUGCUGUUCAAUCGACUAAUGGCUGUUACGCUACCGACAUUGUUUCACGGCUUGCCGGGACCAUCGGCGCAGCAAUUGGCCGAUAUCGAAGAGGCUUACUCUGUGGUAGAGGCUUAUCUGAAAGACAACACAUACAUCGCAGGGGAUCGCUUGACCAUCGCGGAUCUGUCGCUCGGCACCACUGUCAGCGCAGCGCAAGCUAUACUAGAGAUAAAUAAAGACAAAUUUCCCCGAAGUUACGAGUGGUUAACAAAAUUGCACAAUGAAGAAGUGUUCAAGAAAAUCAACAACCCUGGUGCUGCUUUGUUUGGGAGAUCUAUGAAUUCAUUUUGGCGAAAAAACAAGAAAUGAGUCGUCUUAUAAAC